UAUGAUGAUCAAAACAACACUCUUCAGACAAGUUACAAUUCUAAAUCAACCAAGAAAUUGAAGAAUACAGAAGGACAUGCAGAUUCUGGUUUACUAGAUAAUGAACAACAUGCAUCAAGAUCAAUAACCAAAAGAAAAAAAAAAGACAGAAGUAAGAGAAGUGUUUCAUUGGUAUCACUAGACAAUUUACCAGGUACUCCAACGGAUGAAAAUCGUUAAAUGAUGCCAAUGAAGAAAAGAAAAUAAUUUUUUCAUACAAAAUUUUAUUGCAUUAUUUGUAUCUUUCCAAUUUCAUUAUUUGGACUGAACGUAUUUUCAAUACUCUUUGAAUAUAUUUUAUUUCUAUAGGUUUCUUUUAAAACCCUCAGAAGAAUAUUAUCAUGUCAAUGAGAGAAGAUCGAAACUUUGAAUUAUUAGAAUAACAUAAUCAUCAAUGACUACUACAUAUUAUUCACAUCAUUUUGCAAGAAUAUUAAAACUCUUGUUACUCAGUCAUUUUAGCAUGCUGUUUCUACUUCUUUAGAAUAGUUAUUUAAUGUUAGUUGAGUCAAUUUGUGCAAUUUUAAAGACUGAUAAAUGCACAUAAGAACAAUUUAUGUAUGUUUGUUAAAUUCA